UUGACCUUGGAUCCCCCGAACGAUGCACCAAGUCAGCGCCCGCGUGCUUGCGCGACAAGCCGCGCACUGGCAUGCCCAUGGAGCGAAGAGUGCGCCAAUGUCUUUGCGUUUUUUCUCGAGCAAAAGUGACAACGACGACACCACCGCAUCACAUUCAGUCAGCGACCACAAAGAGACUGGCAACUCGCUCCCUCCCGACCGUACACCAAGCCUGACCGAUUUGCCCGAUCGUCAACUUCAGCAGCUCGUCACAAACGUGUACGCUGCCGUGGAGGAAGAUCUCAAAUCGUCGUGGAGUCGUGUGCUCGCCGUGCAAACUGUGACGGACAAUCGCCUACGCCAGAACGCGUACGUCCUGGCCCAGUUGGGCACAGACAUCAGCGUCGCCCCCACCGACACUGCCGAGGCUGAGAACUUACUCGACGACGGCAGCAGCCGCAUUGAAACAGACUUUCCAAUCGUAGGGGGGCAAGCCAAGGCUCGGGUGUGCGUGAAGGCAGUGAUUGACACGGACAAUUGUAUGCAUUUCUCGCAGUUUCUUUGUACGUUUGCUCUUGUUGUGUGCAAGGCCACCGGUGGAGCGCUUCCUCUUGUAGAUGUCAACGACGACACUGGCGAGUCUUACGACUUUAUGUGCCCCAUGGAACAACUCACGGGCAUCCGCUUGGACUCAGACCUCAAGGAAAUCAAAACCCCUCCCCCUAGUAUAUUUUAACGACGUUCCAGUCUCACAUCAGAGGUGCCAACGUUGUUUUGUGGGUGGUGCCAGCAUUCCAACCCCGAAACCCCGCUCUUGGCGAUCAUGACACGAAACCAGGACCGAAUCA